AUUUGUGAUAUCUCUGUGGCAAUUGAUCAGUGUAUCUCGACAGCUUUCUCAACAUGGUCACCAAAAAUGCAGAAAGUAUUGUUGAAGGCAUCUCACUUUGGUAUGGCUUUCUCUACUGGUUUCGACUCCACACGUUUUGUUCGUACGCUUCGGGAACUGAGGGUACUCAACGAGCUGCACCGCGAAAGAAUAGGCAUGCCGAUAACUAGUGUUCAAUUACGAGAACUAGGAGAAUCAUGCCUUGUCAAUCGGCUUAUCGAUAUAGGUGCGUAUGGUUUGGCAGCCGAAAUAUGCUCAUGGCUUGGAAGAGAGCAGCAAGAAGGGAUAGAUCGUGUAUUACUCGAAUGGGUACGUCGGACUAUAAGUAAAGUCGCUUCUUCUGCUAAUAUUCGUGAGUUGAAUAUGGAGGCUUUGGAUGAGAAAAUUGCGCAAAAGCUUCUGUGUUAUCCACAUGUUUCUUUAGCAGAUGCUGCAAAGCGUGCGAUUGAUGCAAAACUUCCUAAACUGGCCCGAUUGUUGAUUAAAAGGGAGAAAGACGACGCUAAACAGGUUUACGUGUUGUUGCAAUUGGGCGAUGUACAAGAAGCUUUAACUAAAGCAGCUGCUGCGCAGCGUCCACAGUUGAUGCACCAGGUCAUUCGUCACUUAAUGAAAGGGCAAAAGCGUGCAGAAUACGAGCUUGCCAUUCGAAAGAUUCCUUUGGCGCAAUGUUUGUACCAAGACUUAGUACGCCAAGAAAGCGAACGUGGUUCUGGAAAGAUGAUGCUCGCUUUGCUCGAACAAGCUAGCGACUUUGAACGUCAGAUAAUGUUUCAUUUGGACGCAGCCGAAAACGAAAUAAUUCCAAAUGACCGAUUAAAUUCACUGAGAAGGGCAAAAGAAGCUGCUCGAAAUAUGGGUGACAAAGGUGUGGAAGAGUUACUUACUGAUUUGGCGGCAUUCGAACCAGGACAACUGGAACGGGGUCAAGAGCAUAUGACAAUUCGUCAGACGGUAAUAGAACACGCGGCUGAUGCGCAGAAAAUUGCUCAAUUAAAGCACCAAGCAAAAUUGUCGGAUAAGCAUUAUGUUAUGAUUUUAAACAGUUUGGUUUUGAGGGUACAUCUGUGGACUAUAGAAGGGUUAGCGAAAAUGGGUAGAAUGGAACAACUUUUUGAUAUGGCUCAAAAGAAGUCUCCUGUCGGAUACGUGCCGUUUAUUAAGGCAUGCAUUAAACAUAAUCGACGAGAAGAAUGCAAAAAAUAUAUUGCGAAGGUAAAUGGAUAUCAGGAUCUCGUUGCUGCCUACAUAGCUUUGGGGUUAGUUGUGAUAAAUGUUAGCCGUAAAAUGUUUUUCUUCGUAGUUUAUUUUGUUUAUUGUUUUUAA